AUGCUUCUCCCGCGACUGCCACCGGGCGGCGGGCCCGCGGGGGGGCGAGGCGGGCCUGCUCUCAGCCUCCCCCCCGGAGAGCGGCCGCCCGCAGGAUGCUGCUGCGCCCCGGCUCUCCGCGUCCCCCCCUCGCCGCGCUCCGCCGCGAUCCCCGAACGUGCGGAGGGAAGAAGGAGGGCGGGCGAGGGAGGCGCGGGGAGGGAGGAGCGCGGGGGGAGGAGGAGGCCAGGAGGAGGAGGAGGUGGUGGUGGUAGAGGAGGAGGAGGUGGAGGAGGAGGAGGAGGACCGCGCUGCCGGUGGAAUGGGAAGUUUGACAAAUCGCUCCAGAGGCCGGAGAAGGAGGGGGCGGGGAGGAGCGGCGGCCCUGCCCCCCCCCCCCCCGCCCCGUCCCCAGACGAGGUGCGCGGGGCUCGGGGCUGGGGGGCGGGGAGAGGAGGAGAAGGCGGGCAGAGGGGUGGGAGGAGGAGCGCGGGAGCGCCGCGGGUCGGUCCUGCCCCGGCCCCCGCCCCCGAGCAGAGGUCAAGGCAUCCGGGGGGGGCGCGCAGCCGCCGCCGCGGCCCGGGGCUCAGUGGUCCAGUCUUCUGCCCGCGGCGCGGCUGGAGCGGCGGCGACGGCAACAGACCAGGAGACCGUGAUCUCGCCCUGACGACCAUGGCCGAAGCUCGGAUCACCGCAUCACCGGCUGCCGCAGCCUCUAGAUCCGCGCCUCUCCCUUGCUGCUCACGCGCCGUUCCCUGUGCGAUCCGCCCUAGCAUCUGUCCGUCCAACCAUUGGUGCAUCCAUCAGUGUCAGUGGACCUCACGCUGCAGCGACAGCCCGUCACGCACAACACCGGCCAUGCGGAGUGCUCACCACGAGCGCUCUGCACUGCCUAUCCUGGACACGGACAAGUGCACUGGGGAUCUGGCUGGCUUCACAGCCUAAAUCCCUGAUCUCUGCUGUGAUCGUAUAGCCGCACACACUGGCCUUCCCCUUUAGUCUAGAGACCCCCCACCAUAUGAAUAGCUCUUCAGGCCUCUCUAGGGAAGGGGCAGAUGAAAAGUGACAUCGUCACCCCUUGACUCCCAGUAGUUCUGUGCCCAUUUUCUUCAGGGUUGGGUGUGGCUAAGAAAGGAGGAAUGAGAAAUCCCCGAAUGCACACUAAUCACAAGAUAGACCUGGAAGGUGCCUGGGUUCUGGGGCUUCAGCCCACUUCACCUGGGUGGAUGCCGGGUGGGUGAAGUAGUUUGGCAGGUCUCAGCCAGGAACUUUAAAGGUAAAACUUUACCUCACCGGCCUGGCACCUGCUCCACCAGGCCUGACCCGAAGGAGUGGGAGAGGGGAAGGAAACGGAGAUUCCAGUGAAAACUUAGGGAUUUGAUUUAGGGAGAAACGCUGUCUGGAUGGCAGUAAGUCUGUAAUUCACAUGUUAUUUACAGAGGGAGAAAGGGCAGGGAGGUGUACUCCAGAAACCAGAGCUUUGCACUUAGAUUUUGGCGCCUGUUCUCCCAGGAUGCUGACAUUGGCUGCCUUUACACCUUCUCCCCACUAUUGCCUCUCGCUCCCUCUCCCUCCUCACUAGUCCAGAGGGUAAACAAAAGCACACAUGUGUGCCCCGGAUCAGUAUGGUCUGCCCAAAGGGCCUCCUCCCCAGAAGAGGAGGGAGGAGUACCCAGAGUGUGGAGAGGACCUGCUCCUGGGACGUCUUGGGGAGGCUGUAGGUACCUGGCCUUGUACCCUACUUCGUUCUUAAUGUAUUGGCUGCUGCGCGAGUUCUGCCCUCAGAGGUGACUGCACAUGUGGGUGAAACCCUGCACAGCUGUUCACACCGACAUUCUUGAGUUAGGAGGGGAAAGGCUGCAUUCAGACUUCUGCUCUGCCCUGGAGAAGGCCAGGCGAGGCUUCCGCAGCAGGGCUGGCUGGGGGGCCUUUCUGGAAGGAGAAGGUGCCUGCUUCCUUGCGCUGUGAAGUGUGGUUGUGCACACUGCGCACCACACACCACACCCAGUUAUCCAACUGUUUUCAUGCUAGUAAGGCAGAAAAGCCCCUGCCCAGCUGAGAAGCAAAGAUUCUGUAGAAGACACUGUGUAGCAUUUUUUUUACUUUACCCUUCAAACAUUUAUAGGUGUUUUUGAAAAGCUCUGCAGGCUUCUCCCCUGUGCAAGCACUUGGUAACUUAGUCACUUGAAUCAGUGCCUAAACCAUAAGCACUCACCUCUGAAAGGUAGCGUGCAUGUGUGUGUGUGCCGGGGGGAUUCAAAACUUUAAAAUAAAAGAAAAAUGGGCUGAGAGACAGUGAAAGGAGUCACCCAAGUACCCAUAUGGGAAACUGGUAGCUUACCUCAAAACUAGGUGGUCACUUUAUGAACCCAAACCAUGCCCAGGGAGCCUGAAAGCUAGAUAGA